AUUCAUGGGCGCACCAUUCUUUUUCUUUUAUAUAAGAAAAAUGAUGAAGAAAAAGGUAAUUUUAUAUAAUCAUUUACUAUGAAAAUGUAAUUAAAAACUCAUAACAUAAGAAUGUAAGUAGCUCAAGUUAUGACAUGCUUUACAGAAAUAAUUAUUUAAUUAAUCAUUAGAGAACUCUAUUCAUAUGGUGAAUUAUUAAAACUGUCAUUACUUCUUAAAAGGAAAAAAAAAAAAAAGACUCUUGUAUUUCUGGUUAUUAAUAAGAAAAGAAGCAAUAAAACAAAUUCAUAAGAAUUUCUUGGUAAGGAAAUGAAUUAUUCGAAAAGAUGCAACUACGUGAAAUCACAUCUUAUAGGCGGAAGCUAGAGAAAACCCUUUUCUUUUAGCAAUCUACAGACAAAAUGGGAAUCCAACACGAAUUUGACCGGGUCACAUUUGGUGCCUUGAAGAUUUUUAUAUAAGCUUUUAUUUAGAGACACCAAAAACAGCUGAUUAACCAAGCUGUCCAUCUUUGUUUAUUCACUUCUGAUACCUUCAAUAGCUUGACAAUGGAUAGGAGGAUAAGCUCCAAAAUUCAACCCCCAACAUAUGGAAAUCUUAUUACUAUACUUAGUAUUGAUGGUGGAGGUAUAAGAGGAAUUAUUCCAGGAGUCAUUCUUGAUUAUCUUGAAUCCAAGCUUCAGGAGCUAGAUGGCGAGGAUGCAAGGCUAGCAGAUUAUUUUGAUGUGAUUGCAGGAACAAGUACUGGUGGUUUAAUAGCUACCAUGUUAGUUGCACCAAAUGAAGAGGAACGUCCUCUAUAUGCUGCCAACGAUAUAGUCCCCUUUUACCUUGAAAAUUGCCCUAAAAUCUUCCCAGAAACUAAGGGGAUUUUCGCUUGCAUAAUAGAUCUAUGGAAGGCACUAACUGGACCAAAAUACAAUGGCAGGUAUCUCCAUAGCCUAAUAAGAAGUAUAUUAAAAGACACAAAGUUGCACCAAACCUUAACAAAUUUGGUUAUCCCUGCUUUUGACAUCAAGAAGAUGCAGCCUACUCUCUUCUCUUCAUAUCAGGUGACAGCUCGCCCAGUUUUAGAUGCCCUACUCUCAGAUAUAUGCAUAGCUACCUCUUCAGCUCCAACUUUUCUCCCUGCUUAUUCUUUCAAGAAUGAAGAUCCAGAUGGGAAAGUAGAAGAGUUUCACCUCAUUGAUGGUGGCUUGGCUGCUAGUAACCCUACUUUAGUUGCCAUUUCUGAAGUAACGAAGCAGACAAUGAAGAAGAACCCAGAUUUCUUCCCUAUCAAGCCGACGGAUUACGACCGUUUUCUUGUUAUAUCUUUAGGGACAGGAUCCAAGACUGAUGGAGGAAAAUUUAACGCUAAAAUGGCUUCAAAAUGGGGAGUCAUAAGUUGGUUAUAUUACAAGGGAGAUACUCCAAUAAUAGAUUGUUAUAGUAAAGCUAGCACAGAUAUGGUUGAUUAUCACAAUUCAGUGGUUUUUCAAGCCCUUCAUUCUGAAAAUAACUAUCUCCGAAUUGAUGACGAUAAGCUGCAAGGGAACCUGACUUCAGUGGAUAUGUCUACAAAAGAGAACAUGGAAGAUCUUGUAAAAGUUGGAAAAAACUUGUUGAAGAGUCCAGUUUCUCGUGUAAACUUAGAAAAUGGACUCUACGAGCCAAUUGAAAACGGUGGUACUUAUGAGGAAGCACUUCAAAGGUUUGCAAAACUACUUUCAGAAGAAAGGAUAAUUCGAGAAUUAAGGUCACCACAGUCUCAAAGUUCAAAGUAAAAUUUCUAUUAUGGGGAUUUUUGGGAGAAGCACUUGUCCAAAAUUCCCUUUAGAUGUACCAAAUUGUUUGUAUUAUUGCUCUUCAACUUGUAAUUGUAAUAUAAUUUGUUCAUCAUUUCAGUGUAUAAAUCAAUAUCUAUCAA